AGAAGCACCGAAGACAAAAAUAAAUAAAUAAAACCUUAAUCAAUUGAAAAGAGAGGAGAAGGAUGAAAGGGUGGGAUGAAUUAGGUGUAGUUGACACCAUCUAUGAAGAAGAAGAAGAACGAGAUCCGGAUGCCUCCAGAUCUUUAUCCCUCACUCCUUCGAUCACCGCGAGUCCGACCUCUCCUCGAUCGACUUCGUCCUUGCUGUCGCCAUCGCCGACCUCUCUCAAUGCGAGGGUCGAAGAGUGGUCGAAGAUGACCGGACGAAAGACGGAUAUAAUCAUCCGAUUGCACGAUCACUGCUUCUUUCUUCACAAGGACCCCCUAAUAUCACGGAGCCGUUACCUUUGCCGGCGCCUAACGGAAUCAACGGAAAUCACCAUUAACGCGCCGUCAAAAAUAACGGCCGAAACCUUCUCGGAGAUCAUCCUCUUCUGCUACGACUCCUCCAUCAACUUAACGCCGUCAAACGUCGCCGCCGUCAGAAUCGCUGCCGACUGGCUGGAGAUGGACGUGCAUAACGGCGAGGGAAACGGAGGUCUGACGUGGGUGACGCGAGAUCUCUACUUCCGCCAGGAGAUCGCAGGUGACGGGACGAACGCUGAGCAGGUGCUGCGCACGUGCGUACAGCUGUUGCCGGACGUCAACGGCGGCAUUGCUCGCUGUAACCACCAGAGAGCCUAUAACAGAGAACAGAAGAUCCAGCUGUGCCACUGCAUAAACCCGGCCAAGCUGUCCCAGCACCUCUCCAUCCACCUCGUCCAGCACCCCCGCUCCCCCUCCGCUUCAUCACCUCCAAUCCAUCCUCCUCGACCAACCUCCAACACCCGCCCUCUCCUCCACCUCUCCGAACCACCCCCAUCGAACCUCCAAGCCCCCCUCCACCCUCGGCGCCAUCCUCCAGCGCGACGCCAUCCUCCGCAACUCCUCCCACCUCCGCUCGUCUAUCCAGGCCACAUCAUGAUCAGAUUAGUUACUUGGGUGACCAGGACGACGGUGGGGACGAGAGUGGUGGAAUUGGAGGGCUUGCGGACGGCGUCGGAGAAGAAGGCUUGGAGUAACAUGACGGCGAUUAGGGUUUUGCCGGAGCCUGACUCAAGGAAGUUUACUCUACCAAUUGACUGUGUUUCAGAUCCGUUUCAUGAGGUGAAAAGGAAGCGUGACAAGAAAAAAGAGCCCCCCUCCACCCUCGGCGCCAUCCUCCAGCGCGACGCCAUCCUCCGCAACUCCUCCCACCUCCGCUCGUCUAUCCAGGCCACAUCGUUCCGCAUCGAGAGCCUCGAAAGGGAUCUUGACGGGCUACGGAGGAAGCUGAGAUGGUCCGAGGAGAAGGGGUCGUCGAGCUUUCGGGUUGUCGGUGACGAUGGUGCGAGGGGUGGUUGUGUUGAGUCCGGGAGGAGAGGGAAGGGGAUCGGGCGGAAGUUGUUGGACGGGUUCAAGAGUGUGUUUAAGACUUUGCCGUCCUCGGCGGCGGAGGUGGCGACGGCGCAGAGGCACCGGAGGAAUAAUUCGUUUGCCUGAUAGUAUGGAUUAGUUUUGUUCCCUCUUGUUGGUACGUAAUUGGUAUAGUGCAGAUAUAUAUAUAAUAGAAAUUUAGUUGAAAUCUUUAUAGUUGGUGCAUUGAUGAUUUGAAAUGUUUAUGGUGAUUUGGAUUGAGAAAUUAGAUGCUGAGGCUUAAACAUUUGGGAUCGUUUCGUUAUGAUUGUAUGAUUUUGUAAUAUAAUUAUGUUCAUUGAUUAGAUAAUGACAGUUGAAAUUGAGUCCGUUAA